CCCGCCGGGCUGACCCCGCACGGGGCACGCGGCCCUCGGGCUUCCUGCGCACCGGGAAGCGGCUCGGCCCCCGGGGCGGGCGGGCUCCGUCCGCGCGGGGCCUCGGGACCGCGCCCCGGCGCGUGGCGCUGGACCCGGGAGGCGGAGCCGUGCAGGCCGGGCCCUGGGCGGCAGAGGGCGCCGGCGAGCCCGCCCCGCGCCGCGGGCGAGGAGCUCAGCCGGGGCACGCGGGCGCGGCACCGGCGCGGCAGGUGCGGUGACAGCCCCGGCUCAGUGGGGAGCUGCUGCGGCUGCGGCUGGCCCAUUGUCAUGGGGGAGGCCGGUAGAGAAGAGUAUAAAAUCCAGUCUUUUGACGCAGAGACCCAGCAGCUGUUGAAGACAGCACUCAAAGAUCCAGGUGCCGUGGACUUGGAGAAAGUGGCCAAUGUGAUUGUGGAGCACUCUCUGCAGGACUGUGUGUUCAGCAAGGAAGCAGGACGCAUGUGCUACGCCAUCAUCCAGGCAGAGAGUAAACAAGCAGGCCAGAAUGUCUUCCGGCGUGGACUCCUCAACCGGCUGCAGCAGGAGUACCAGGCCCGGGAGCAGCUGCGAGCGCGCUCCUUGCAGGCCUGGGUCUGCUAUGUCACCUUUAUCUGCAACAUCUUUGACUACCUGAGGGUGAGCAACAUGCCGAUGAUGGCCCUCGUGAACCCCGUGUAUGACUGCCUCUUCCGGCUGGCCCAGCCCGACAGCCUAAGCAACGAGGAGGAGGUGGACUGCUUGGUGCUGCAGCUGCACCGGGUUGGGGAACAGCUGGAGAAGAUGAACGGGCAGCGCAUGGAUGACCUCUUUUUCUUGAUCCGGGAUGGCUUCCUCCUCCAAACCAGUCUCAGCUCCCUGUCGCACCUGCUGCUGCUGGAGAUCAUCGAGUUCCGGGCGGCGGGCUGGAAGACCACGCCUGCUGCCCACAAGUAUUACUACAGUGAGGUGUCUGACUAGGCUUGGCCACAGCACCAGCCAUUCUGGAACUCUCCUCUGAAGUUGGUAACAGAGUUCCUGCCUCUCUGAGGUCCCUUCUAAACUGUCCCACCUCCCUACCUAACUCAGUGGUCCUGCCUGGUUUCCUCCCUCCACUAAGGACCUAGAAGACGCCCAACAGACCCGCUCCGCUGCUUCUUCCCAGUGGCCGCCUCUUGCUUCCCACCUGGGCCAG